GGACAGAGAAGGGGAGGAGGCUCAGAGGAGGGAAGAGGGUUGGGGAGCCUAGCCAGAGUCGGGCUGCCUGCCACCCGACUGCACGUUUGUGAGCUGAGGAGUGCACCACCAGUCACUGACAAAAGGAUGGGAGGAUGCCGUUGCCCUGGGAUGCCGGCUGCAGGCAGCCUUCCGGCCGCCUGAGCGACUUCACCCUCCCCGGAAAUGUACCCAGAAAGAGUUCUGAGAGCUUCCUCUUUGCUCUCCUGCUGUGACUAAACACAACACACUGCCAUAUUUGAUCCAAGUUUGGCAAAGCAAGGAUAUGAACAGUUCUGCAGGUGAGCUUCUCAGGGCGUGUGAAGCCACAAGGCGUCCAAUCAGGGUUUGGCCACCUGCAGCCCUGCCAAUAUGCCCCUCCACCAGAUUUCUGUAAUCCCUGCCCGGGAGACAGCCAGCAAUGGGAGAAGCUCAGUGGGCCGAAACAAAGAGAAGAGCAAGGAAGUCGAGAAUGAAAAGUCCCCAGGGCGAUCUGCAAGUCGAUCAAGUAACAUAUCAAAAGCAAGCAGCCCAACCACAGGGACAGCUCCCAGGAGCCAGUCAAGGUUAUCUGUCUGCCCGUCUACUCAGGACAUCUGCAGGAUCUGUCACUGCGAAGGAGAUGAGGAGAGCCCGCUCAUCACACCCUGUCGGUGCACGGGAACCUUGCGCUUUGUCCACCAGUCCUGUCUCCACCAGUGGAUCAAGAGCUCGGACACUCGAUGCUGUGAGCUCUGCAAGUAUGACUUCAUAAUGGAGACCAAGCUCAAACCUCUUCGGAAGUGGGAAAAGCUCCAGAUGUCCACAAGUGAGAGAAGGAAAAUCUUCUGCUCCGUCACCUUCCACGUCAUCGCCGUCACCUGCGUGGUGUGGUCUCUGUAUGUGCUGAUCGAUCGGACGGCAGAGGAGAUCAAGCAAGGUAACGACAAUGGUGUGCUGGAAUGGCCGUUUUGGACAAAACUGGUUGUGGUGGCCAUUGGCUUCACGGGAGGUCUCGUCUUCAUGUAUGUACAGUGUAAAGUCUACGUUCAGCUGUGGCGUAGGCUGAAGGCCUACAAUCGUGUGAUCUUUGUGCAGAAUUGCCCAGACACUGCCAACAAACUGGAGAAGAACUUCUCAUGUAAUGUGAACACGGAAAUCAAAGAUGCCGUUGUUGUGCCUGUGCCACAGACAGGUUCAAAUUCACUGCCACCUGCAGAGGGCGCCCCGCCUGAAGUCAUACCGGUUUGACGGAACUGGAGGGGAACUCCGCCACGGAAGGAUCUUUGCAACCCUUGCCACAACACUCAGAAAUGCUUCUGCUUUGGUGGCUUCCUUGUCUUCUCCGUUCCCCUACUGACUUGUUUGUCCUGACUUGGAGCAAAAAGGAAAUGAGGAGAAAAUAUCAAGUGAGCAAGAGUCCAAGAAGCAGAGCCUGCAGUGGGACCUGGAAAGGUGAAGGGCCUGAGGAAGUGAGUUCGUAAGGAACGCUUGGUACAAGGCUUCCAGCGAUGAAAGAUUGGACGGACAUGUAAUCCUCUUUCAAUCAGUGCAGAGGGAAUUCCAGAACAAACCUCAGAUGCGGUAUAUGCUUCUUUAGAGAGUUCUGUCGUGUGAGCCUUCACCACUGGAAGUGACACACAUCUGGUCCUAAGCCUGAAACUGUGUGCGUCGCCCCUGAGUCGUCGUCACCUCGGAGGCGAGCUUGGAGGACUUGAGGUUUUUUAAAACACUUUGACAGCUAAUUUUUUCUGGCUAUUGUGAAGUCUUGUUAUUUUGACAGAUGCAUGUUUUUAAAUGGAUGCGACACACAUUUGAAGAUAGAAAUGUUUGGAGUUUUGUUUAAAUUUAAAUCAUGAAGAAAAGAGUUCCAGAGCAUUGUGGAGCUUAGCUAGCGCCGGUUUCUGAAAGCAACUAUCAUGCCGUGUUUUAUCUGGUCCUUCUCACACAGUGCUCAACAAUAGACACACGAGUUGCAAGUGCAGAUGUAAAUGGAAAUCUCCUAGUGUGCCCCAUUAGGAAAAGUAAAAAUAGGUCAAUUAAUUUUUAUAAUUUAUUCAACAUUAUAUAUACAGGUUACUUUAUGUCAUCAGUGGAAAAGAAUAUUGAAAUAGCUUUCAUCUUUUUCUUGAACCAAGUCUUCAAAAUCCAGCAUGUAUUUAUGACACACUGCAAUCUGAAUGAAGUAUGCUGGACAGGAUCUAAUUAAGGAUAUUGGACAGCAAAGCCUUCUCAUUAAAAACUACACCUGUCUCGCUGAACAGCUGAACAUUUCAAAACAACGGUUUAAUCCAUUAUUUUGUUUUGCAGUUUCAUUUAAAUGUUAAUUUACAAAGCAUUAAACUCAUCAAAUUAAGUAUUCCAUCUUGAAUUCAGUGAAGGUCCAACUUCCCAAAGGGGUGAAAAAACAAAAGUAUGGGGAGUCAGUGCAAUCUGUAGUGAUGUUAUAAAGUUAACUUCUGUGUGGCACCCAUAAAGUAAUCAUGAGUGGGAAAUAAAAAUUAAGUAUCUUAUUACUAAACCAGAUGUGUUAAGGUUUUUAAAACCAUAUGGAGGGUCAACGUGCCCGGCAAGUAUCUUAACUAGGAUCUCAGCCAUGUUCACACCUGACAGCAUUCUUACUCCGAAGUAGAAAUAUUCACGAUUCUAUGGUGAUGAGCUGGUUUUCAGUUCAACAGUUGAGCACCGUGUUCUAUACAGAUUCACACAAACUGAUUGGACAUCAAGGUGAGCUAGGUAAAGAGUCACAGAAAGUUAUCUGUCACAGAUCACAUUUUUUUAAAAGUGACUUUUUUAGUUAGCUGUCAUUAUUUAUUGUCCUUAAAAGGCAGAGAUGACCAUUAAAACCAAAGCAUGGGCAUCAUGUUGCACAAAGCUGGUACCACAUCCAUGCACUUUGUAAUUAUCAGUGUUUGCUUUUCUCGGAUGAUCAAAGGAAAAGGGGAAAAGAAUCUUUCAAUGAGAAGAGAGUAUGAUAUUUGUAGUGAUUGACACUGGGUCCAAUUAGUCCCACCCUUAGAAAUAAAGACAUAGUAAACAAUGUCAAUUGUGUGUGUGAUUGACAUGUAUAUUCAUGUACAUAUACAAGAGAAAUGUUAAGAUAUCCAGUCAGGAAUCAGAAGCUUAAAAACUCUUCUUUCCUAAAACUUGUGGGAGGGACAAGCAUUAAGUAUUUAGGGAGAAUAUUAUGAACAUGAUUAAACUGGACGAGACCUCCGGGGCAAAUAAGGAUUCGCAAGACAUAAAGACAUAAAAACUUUGUAUUAAGUAACUGAAUAAUUUCCAUUUUAAAGAUUGAAGAUAAAAAUGAACAACAAAGAAUGAAUGGGUUAAUCAUAACUUCGGACAAUAUUUAGUUUUCCUAUUUCUCCUCUAGUUUAUUUUGGUAGGUACACAACUAAUCCCAGCAUUCGGGAGGUUUGUUAUCCUUUGCUAUAUAGAGUCCCAAAUAGAGGCCAGCCUAGGGUAUGAGACCUUUUCCCAAAAACAAAAUAUAACAACAAGCUUUAAAAUUACACAAAUAAAGCCAGUAUUGAGACCAUCUUUGCACAUCUGAGUGGUAACGGGGUUUUCACUUAAUAACAACAAAAACAUUUGGCUUUGGUGACCUGACUUAGAGCUCAUGGAGAGACCUGCUUUCCAGAAUGACACCAUCGUGAGGUGUGUUUACCUGCUCUCAUGUACAAAAUAAAUGAGCUGAAACCUAAAACUGGAUUGCUGAGCUAGGUUAAAAUCGGAUUUUUACAAACACAAAGUGAAGCUGGGGUAUUAUAAGUGGUAUAAACCACAGACAUUGAAAAUGUUUCUGUCAAGAGUUGACAUUUCCAUUUGUUACAAUUAAAUAUUCAAUUGAGAAGGAAUUAAAACACUUAAAAGUGGAGCUCAGAGUUGGGAACGAUGGAUCACUGGUUAGGGCACUCUCUGCUCUGAUAGCCGGUCCAGGUGAGUUCCCAAGUACCCACACAACAGUUCACAAACCAUACUUGCUCCAGGGUGCCAAACAUCUUCUUCUGGGCUCUGAAGGUACCCUCCCCCUGACCACAAGGACAGAUACACACAUAAUUACAAAGAACAAAUCUAAAGUGAUAACUCCCCCAAGCAGGAGUUAAAUAUAAAAUAACAAAACCCUACAAAAAUAAAGAAAAUGAUAACUUUGAGUCCCAAUAACCCAGAAUACUGCACGGCAGAGUCUUUCUCAGAAUAUCCCAGGAUCAAAACCCCACUCAGAGCUGCCACUACAAGUAAUGUUGUCUACAAGAACCCUUGUACUUAAGCUUUUCCUCUGUGGAAAGGACCUUGGGUACCCUUUAAACACUUAUUCUUCUGCUGAAAUGAGGUCAUUGCCACAUUGACAUUAUGAAAAUCACAAUGGUCGGGGUGGGAAGUAGCAAGGUCAUUUACGCCACCUGUCAGAUAUAGCUUACCUGGCCUUGCCAAUGAAAAUGUUGGGGCAAUAUUAAGUGGGGAACCUAAAGCUUACCACUGUAAUUGUUACAGUCCUGUCCUUCCAUCAGCUCAAUGGUGCUAUUUCACACAACGAUACAAUGAAAGGAAGUGUUGUCAUUUGGGGCUGCAGCCGCAAGUCUCCCACACCUGAAGAAACCCACGCUGAAACCAGAGAUAACGCUCAAAGGAGGAAGUAUUUUAACUGUGCAAUUUUUGAGACUGGGCAUUUGUACUUCUUUAGUUUUAUCUAAUUGUCUUUCAUUAACGAUUUACUGUUUGUGAGUAAUGUGUGCUUACGACAAACUAAGGGAACUGUCUGUGAACUUUGCAUAUUAAACAAAUGCUCCGAAUCUUGGCUAUAGCUCCUCUACUUCCUGCCUGUGUAAUGGGAUUCCUAGAGUUGUAUUGAGAGCAUUCCAAACCCUUGAAUUCUUAAG